UGGGCGGGGCUUUUGCGUCACGUGACGGCGGGGCGGAGCCAAUAUGGCGGCCUCCGAGAGAGGUUGAGAUCCCGCGGCUGCGGCAGCGCAGGCUGUGAUGAAGGCGGCGGAGAGGCAACUUCUGCGCAGUAGGUGGGAGGUGGUGGAGGGUGACCGGGCACCAGCUGCCAGGCGUCAGAGGGUGCCCGACCGUGGAACUUGCGUCCUCUCCGCUGGAGAGCGAGGAGAGAAGGUGCCGGCCGCGUGAGGCUGCGGCUCUGCCUGGGAGGGCUUGCGGGGCUCAAAGUCCAAGGCGUCCCCGGUUACCCCGUUUUGUCCGGGUCCCCGGCCUAGAGACAUGACCCGGCAUCGCGCGCCCGGGGCCCCCGAGACCGGCGCCCCGCUGAGCGGGUCGGUGCUUGCCGAGGCGGCCGUGGUGUUCGCCGUGGUGCUGAGCAUUCACGCCGUGGUGAUGGACCGGUACUCGUGGUGCGCCGUGGCCCUGGCGGUGCAGGCCUUCUACGUCCAGUACAAGUGGGACCGGCUGCUACAGCAGGGAAGCGCCGUCUUCCAGUUCCGAAUGUCCGCGAACAGCGGUCUGCUGCCCGCCUCCAUGGUCAUGCCUCUGCUCGGACUGGUCAUGAAGGAGCGCUGCGAGGCCGCGGGGAACCCGUACUUCGAGCGCUUUGGCAUUGUGGUGGCAGCCACCGGCAUGGCAGUGUCCUUCUUCUCAUCAGUGUUAGCGCUGGGCAUCACUCGCCCCCUGCCCACCAACACUUGCGUCAUCUCAGGCUUGGCUGGGUGCGUCAUCACGUAUAUCAUGAAGCACUCGCUGAAGGUGGGCGAGGUCAUCGAGGUCCUGGAGGUCCUGCUGAUCUUCGUCUACCUCAACAUGAUCCUGCUGUACCUGCUGCCCCGCUGCUUCACCCCGGGGGAGGCGCUGCUGGUGUUGGGAGGCAUCAGCUUCUUGCUCAACCAGCUCAUCAAGCGCUCCCUCACGGUGGUGGAGAGCCAGGGAGAGCCCGUGGACUACUUCCUGCUGGUGGUGGUGGUAGGGAUGGUCCUCAUGGGCCUCAUCUUCAGCUCCUUCUUUGCCUUCAUGGACCCAGGUACCUGGGCCUCCUCCAUCUUCUUCCACCUGAUGACCUGUGUGCUGGUCCUUGGCGUGGCCCUACCCUGGCUUUAUCGGCUCACCCGUAGGAACCCCUUGUUAUGGCUUUUACAAUUCCUCUUCCGGACGAAAAUCCGCAUCUACCUCCUAGCCUACUGGUCUUUGCUGGCCACCUUUGCCUGCCUGGUGGUACUGUACCAGAAUGCCAAGCGGUCAUCCUCUGAAUCCAAGAAGCACCAGGCCCCCACCAUUACCCGGAAAUAUUUCCACUUCAUUGUGGUGGCCACCUACAUCCCAGGGAUCAUCUUUGACCAAUACCUGCUCUACAUGGCCGCCACUGUAUGUCUGGCAGUCUUCAUCUUUUUAGAGUAUGUGCGCUAUUUCCGCAUCAGGCCCCUGGGCCACACUCUGCGCAGCCUCCUCUCCCUCUUCCUGGACGAACGAGACAGCGGACCGCUCAUCCUGACACACAUCUACCUACUCCUGGGCAUGUCUCUUCCCAUUUGGCUGAUCCCCAGACCCUGUACAGAGAUGGGUAGCCUGGGGGGAGCAAGAGCCCUAGUCCCCUACGCCGGUGUCCUGGCUGUGGGCGUGGGUGACACCGUGGCCUCCAUCUUUGGCAGCACCAUGGGGGAAAUCCGCUGGCCCGGAACCAAAAAGACGUUCGAAGGGACCAUGACAUCUAUCUUUGCCCAGAUCAUUUCUGUAGCUCUCAUCUUAAUCUUUGACAACGAAGUGGACAUAAACCAGAGUUAUGCUUGGAUAUUGGGGUCCAUCAGCACAGUGUCCCUUCUGGAAGCAUACACUACGCAGAUAGACAACCUCCUUUUGCCCCUCUAUCUUCUGAUAUUGCUGAUGGCCUAGCUCUUGUGCAGCAGCAGUGACGGAAACGGGGACGUGGAGAGAACGACGGUCCCCACAACAGCCAGCCACUUGGACAUAAAGAGGCAAGUGGUGAGAAGCAGGUUUGAUUUUUCAGUUGAUUCAGAUUCAAAAUAAAAAUUAAAGCUCUCCUGG